AUUAUAGAUGGUUUAUAAUAUGGUUGUACUUUUGGGGUUAUUUUUGUGAUCAAUAUGUAAUACAAUGAGUUGAAAUCGUUAAUCCUAUGGAGUUGCAUCAUGCAUCGGAUAGCAAUGCCAUUCCUGGCGUUGCGCCAAGUGGUUUUGUUCGAUCUCGUAAGCGUUUCAAGGCUUACACAUGGUCGUACAAGAAGACUAUUACGCCAAUAGCUUCAUUUUUUCUGGUUGUUAACCAGAUGAUUGGCAUUGGUAUGAGUGACAUUCCUUCAGUAAUGCGUGAUGGUGGUUGGAUUCCGGCACUGAUUGCUAAUUUGUUGAUAUCCAUAGUUGCUGCUUUAUGCAGUUUGAUGUUACUUCGUGCGAUGACCUUGAUUCCUCAUAAUGAGAACUUUGGUCACCGUAUAGAGUACAGUGCAUUGGUGAAGUAUUAUUUAUCGGAUUACAAUUUCAGGCUCGUAUCUAUAUUGAAUCAUGUUGGCAACCUUUGCAGUGUGAUCAGUGGUAUAUUGGCAUUUUCUAAGCUUGUUGAUUUACUGCUUGUGAAGGCUUUUGGAUGGACAUUAGCAUUCCAGGUUCAUCCAUUUGUAUUUAUCGGUCGUGCUGAUCUUGAUGUUGUCACUGGUAUAUACGAAUCGGGUUCAUAUCAUGGUGAGGGUGUUCAUUCCAUGCGUUUGGCUAUAACCCUGGGUUAUGUGAUAUGUGCUUUGGUUUGCUUGCGUUUAAGUUCAUGUGCUCUUGAGGAGACUAUGGGUUUUCACGUAUUUUCAUUCUUUGCAUUCAUUGGUUGUGGUAUGCAGAUGGCUAUAUUUGGUUUGACUCGUAGUCUUCGUGUUGGCGCAGCCAAGCGGCCUCCUGCAUUGGGGAACCUUAGAUUUGUAAAGCUGCUGUUGACUUUUGUUGAGAACUUCAGUGUGGCAAGCAGUACUCCUUCAUGGGCCAAUGAGAUGACUAAUGAUGUAAAGGUCAGCCGUACUAUGUGGACUAGUACGUUGUUUACGGCUAUUGUAUACCAUGUACUGGGUUACAUAUUCUGUUUUGCUUUUCCUGACAAUUCUGGUGACAUAGUGAGUGACAUACUAUUGAGCAACACUGGUGUUUUAGCUCACGCUGCAUUAUGUUUAUUCGUUGCUGUGAACGUGUUGCCUGAUGUUGUGUUCGGUACUAUUAGUACUAAAUAUAACUUGCUGAACCUGGGUUAUUGUAACCGUGGCGCUGCCUAUUUUUGGGGCUGUGUAUUACCGUUUACAUUCAGUUGGCUUUUAUCUAAUGAGUCAUAUUUCAUUGAUUACUUGGGUCACAUUGGUUUGAUAUCAGCUUUGUUUUGUGACUUUGUGGUUCCGGUAAUUGUGUACAAGGUAGCAACUGCCGGUUUUGCAGACCUUUCAACAUCAGCACAUGGUUCGUUGCAAAGGCAAAAGUCUUUUAUAUUAGAUGAUAAUAAUAAUUCAGCAUUAUUCAAACGCGGCACUAGUCUAUUAUUCAAGAAUAUGAGCACGUUUGGUCGUGCAUUCACGUGUGACUACAUUAAUCGUGGUCAGAGUAACGACCAAUCCACUAUAGUCCCUCUUGAGGAUGGUGGUUCAUUUCUUGAUAGGUACGACAUGCCCGUUGAUGAGAAUGGGAAGCCUAUUGACUACGCUACUUUUAAGAUAAUUCGUCCUCCACUGACCCCUCGUGAGGAUGACCAUUUGUAUAAUGUCAUUUCUAUGAAGAAGCGUAAGAGUCGUGUAUCGUUUGACUUUCCGGAUGACGAUGAUUUUGAGGACGACGUUCAAUGUAGUACAUCGUCGUUAGACGCUGAAAGAGAUGUUCCGCAGAAACGAGUUGAGUUAUUUCCAUUCGUUUCUCUUGAGCGUCACAGUGGUUUGUUAACUCAGUUUAUAUUGGCAACAUUGGCUACGUUUGCUGUUGUUCCAAUGUUCCUCAACUUUUGGCUAUAGUAUAGCUAUAUCAUUCACACUUCUGCGGGAAAA